UACACAAAAUGACGUAGAAGUUUCUUCACAGACCUAACGCAUUAUAAACUUCAAUCUCCUGAUGAGCUUGUAAUUAUAAAUAGAAAACCUGAUUAUUCCUCAAAAACAGUGGUAUUCUUUGGCCAAUUCCUAAUCCCUAAAUCAGAGUAUCACCGACAAAAGACGGAUUUCAGUAGGAAAGUGAUGCUGUAAUCUCUCAUUUAAAUCUACAACACAAUACUGAACAUUGUACUGAAUCAUCACAACCACAUUCUUGAACAAUGUUGCAUAAAACAUUAUUUUUCCUUCUCAACCUUGCAUAUGUUGGACGAAUGAAGAUUCCAGUGAUUUUAUCUUCUGCUUUCUUUCUCUUCAACCUACCAAUAAUGAGAGUAGAAAUCAACAUAAACAUACACUAAAUGUGUUGCUAGUCUACGCCCUGUUGUUAAGUUAUUAUUAUAUGUAAUGUUGGUAUUAAGUUGGGUGACAUGUUCGUUAUACUAAACCAUUUAGAUGGCCGUUGUCUUAUAUAUAUAGAGAUUUUAUUUCGUUAUUUUUUUAUGUUAAAAUAAAAAGGUGAAAUGUAUAUAGAUAAUGUAUAAUAAAAUACCAAAUUUGCUGUAAAUAUUUUUAGGUUAACACUAAUGGAGAAAUUGCAGUUCUGUCCUGACUUUUUCUUGUUGUUUUGUAUAUGUAUAUGUUCUAAGUUUAAUGAUAUUACUUGUUAUAAUGAUCUGUAGAAUGGUAGUAAAAAGUUUUGCUUUUAGCUGAACAUUCAAAUAAAGUAUGUUGCAUACAGCAGAUACUGUUAUAUGUAAUUCAUGUUGUUGUGUAUUUAUUAUGGUAUGAUAAACAUAAAGUAUGGAUGCUUUUCGACAAUUUCUCAUUCAGUUUUAUUGUUAAAGCUGUGAAGAACCAAUUAGGUAUGGCUUGUAAACUAUUGAACUAUUGGGUGAAAAUAUGUUGUAUUUGAGAAGUUCUUGGUAAACUAAUAAAAAACUGAAGAAUAUAGAUUAAUUUAUAUAGUAAUGUAUUAAUGAAUAUUUCAGUUUAAAAUAAUACACCCAACAUUUAACACACUCCCCGAAAAUGGUAAAAAUAGUUUAUACUGUAUUCAAAGUGGGGCAUUCCCGAGCAGAAAACUAUCAUUUUCAAUUUUGCAUUUCACGUAGUUUUGUAAUUAAACGUAUAAGGUUUUAAGUCGACAAAACAGCUUUAAAAUGGGAAAAUACGACCCAACAUCAUACUGUGAUCCGACUGCUGCCAAGAUACAGCAUAUUAACAUUGACUGGACCGUUGAUUUUGAGAGAACGCUUUUGUCUGGAUCCGUUGAAUUACUUUUUAACGUUCUACAAGACGACAUUUCAAGCAUAACAUUGGAUUCGAAAGACUUGCAUAUAAAGAAAAUCAGCAAUGGCCAAGUUGAACUGAAAUAUUCUUUUGGUGACAAACAUAAGGCAUUUGGAUCGGCAUUAACAGUUACAUUACCUGCUCCAGUGAACAAGGGUGCAGAACUCACGCUGCAUAUCGAAUAUGAAACCUCAAGUAACGCUAGCGCACUCCAGUGGCUAACAAAGGAGCAAACUGCCGGAAAAAUGCACCCGUACAUGUUUAGCCAGUGCCAGGCCAUUCAUGCAAGAUCAUUGUUACCUUGUCAAGACAGUCCUUCAGUGAAAGCAACUUAUUCUUCCAAGGUGACGGUGCAGGAUCCUCUUGUUGCGCUCAUGAGUGCCCUCCAGUGUUGGGAUAAAUCUAGCAAAAAUGAGAACGGUGAAAAGGUGAAGACGUACAAGUUUACACAGAAGGUGCCGACCCCAUCUUAUCUCAUUGCAAUCGUGGUUGGUUUGCUUGAAAGUCGAGACAUUGGGCCUCGAUCGAAGGUUUGGUCGGAAAAAGAAUUUGUAGAAAAAGCUGCACAUGAGUUUGCUGAGACAGAGAAAAUGUUGGCAGCUGGAGAAGAAUUGGGAGGUCCUUAUGUUUGGGGUCAAUAUGAUCUACUUGUUCUCCCACCCUCGUUCCCAUAUGGGGGGAUGGAGAAUCCAUGUCUCACGUUUGUCACGCCAACACUUUUGGCUGGAGACAGAUCAUUGGCAAACGUUAUUGCACAUGAGAUUGCACACAGUUGGACCGGCAACCUGGUCACUAAUCACACAUGGGAAGACUUUUGGUUAAAUGAAGGUCACACUGUGUUUUUGGAGCGAAAGAUAAUGUCACGAUUAAAUGGGGAAAAAACUCGUCAUUUUGAUGCCUUUAAUGGUCUUUCCUCACUAAGAUACUCAAUUGAAACUUUUGGUGAAACGAGUCCGUACACAAAACUUGUGAUUAAACUUGACGAUGUUGAUCCGGAUGAUUCUUUCUCCUCUGUUCCAUAUGAGAAAGGACACACCCUCCUCUUCUAUCUGGAGAACUUGCUUGGAGGGCCAAGUGUGUUUGAACCAUUUCUGCUGAGUUACAUAAACAAGUUUAAGUUUAAAUCAGUGAGCACGUCCCAAUGGAAAGAACAUCUUUAUGAAUUCUUCAAUGACAAGAGGGCAGUGCUUGAUUCAGUAGAUUGGGAUGACUGGUUUAAUUCUCCAGGAAUGCCAAAGAAUAUUCCUGAUUAUGACCAAACAUUGGUUAAGGAAUGCUCUGCUCUUGCUUGUAGAUGGGCUAAGGCUUCUACGUCAGAUUUUUCAUCUUUCAAAUCAAAUGAUUUGGAUAAUUUUACUUCAAGGCAAAAAAUGGCAUUUCUUGGUGAACUUGUACUCAAGGACCCAUUAACCCCACAACACAUAGAUGCAAUGGAGAAGUUGUAUCAUUUCAGCAGCAGUGGUAAUUCUGAGAUAAAAUUCCGCUGGUUGAGAUUAGGAAUUCGUGCAUGUGCUAAAUGUGUGAUAAAGCCAGCGUUGGAAAUGGUUGCGGCACAAGGCAGAAUGAAAUUCACAAGGCCUUUGUAUAGAGAUCUUGGGGCGUGGGAUGAAAGCCGGGAUCAGGCUAUAGAGUGUUUUAAACGGAAUAAACCAGCCAUGCAUUCUACUACCGCUGGGUUGAUUGAAAAAGAUCUUAAGAUUUAAAAUUAAUUACAAUUGUUUGUGUAAUGAUUUAAACUAUACUGUCUAUAAUUAAGAGCUUUAAAUAUGAUCUAAUCUUUAUUGCUGUGAAAUUGAACCUAUUAUAAUAGCUUGCAUUUCAGCUUUAAUGACGUUAGUUUUUAAUCGUGUUGAUUAGGACCAAAUUAAACGAACAGUUAAACAUUUCAUGAUUUGGUUAAGUGUGCAACUGGUUUUAUGUAUAAUGAUUGUGAUAACAGGUUUUAUUUAUAGUAAGUGUGUAUGUAUUGACUUCUGAAGCAGUACUGUAGUUGGUUCAAAGCCUGCCUGUGUAAUUGAAAUUAUAAACUAACAGUUGGAAA